GCCAUUUCCGGUAAGCAUCCGUCGUGCUUCGUGUAUUUCCGUCCGUGCAUCAAACGUGGUUGUUUUGGAAGAGUCUAGCUGUUCAAUUUUUGCAGUUUUUUGUGCUUUCUCAUAGUUUUGUGUACUAUUAAUCAUGGCUGAAGAUGAUUCGAUCUUUGAUCCCUCUGCGAUGAAGAAGAAAAAGAAGAAGAAGAAGACCGGGUUUGACAUUGAUGCAGCUUUGGGAGAUGGCGGAAAUGAAGCUUCGGAGACAACAGAAUCCUCGCAGACGGGUGGCGACAAAGAAAAUCAGGAACCAUCAAAAUUUGAUGAUUUUGAUGGCGAUCUAGAUUUGGACAGUAAGAAAAAGAAGAAGAAGAAAAAGACGCUGAACCUGGACGAAUUGGAGAGCGCUUUGCCUGAAGCUGGGAGCGGUGGAGGUGGAGCGCCAGGUGAUGGAGAGGGUGGCGACGAUUUUGAUGAUACUUUUGAUUUAGACAUGGAUUUCUCAAAAGCGAAAAAGAAGAAGAAAAAGCAGAAGGCCAACCUAGAGGAAUUAGUCGCGGAAGAUGACAGUAAAAAAACAGAGGACAAAGAUACUGACCCAACAUGCUGCCUUGAGUCGGAGAAAAGUCACAGCCCUGAAGUGGUAGGUGAAGAUGAGAGCUUGUCGUGGCUCGGUUCCGACCGAGAUUACACAUAUGAUGAACUAUUGACUCGCGUCUUCGACAUCAUGCGCGACAAGAACCCUGAUAUGGUCGCCGGAAAGAAACAAAAGUUCAUCAUGAGACCUCCUCAAGUUGUUCGUAUUGGAACGAAGAAAACAUCGUUUGCAAACUUUGAAGAAAUCUGUAAAACGCUACAUCGUCUGCCGAAGCACUUAUUAGACUUUCUCCUAGCUGAGUUGGGUACAAGCGGCUCUGUGGACGGAAACCACCAACUCAUCAUCAAGGGUAGAUUCCAGCAGAAACAAAUUGAGAAUGUUCUGCGGCGGUACAUCAAAGAGUACGUCACCUGCCACACCUGUCGGUCUCCAGAAACUAUUCUGCAGAAAGACACGCGGCUUUUCUUCUUACAGUGCGAAACGUGCGGGUCUAGGUGUUCUGUCGCCAGUAUUAAGUCAGGUUUCCAGGCCGUCACUGGAAAGCGUGCUGCCAUCCGUGCGAAAACAGCUUGAAGUGUCUGAUCUCCACCAGGCGCGUCUUCAUCCAUUGUCAACCGUUGUCUCGUAAAGCGAGCAAACGAUCAAGUGAUAUUCCUCGUGAAACAACCCUUGUGGUUCAAAUCAGGAUCAAAGAACGGAGCGAUCACCAAUCGUACUUCUGUGGGUUCGCCUUUUUUUCAUUUUUUUUUUUUAUUUACUCGUUUUUUUCUUUUUUCAACUUUUGUAUCGGCUAACGAUUUGUGAUUUCCCCCUGAUCCGUGUCUUCACCUGUUAAUUGUUUUGUUUCUUUUUUUACCCCUAUUUAUUUUAUGAUUCACGUGUAAAAAUGAUGCUCUACAAUUAUUUAGCCAAUUUCUACUGUCGAAGGAAUCAGGAACUUCUGUUAUCAGUUGUCUUAAGAAUAAUAAUGACUGAUAUUUUUACCACA